AUGCUGAUCGUACCUAGUCACAUGACCCACAUUGGGUGGGGCCUGUUUUUCCUGUGCUGUCUCGUAUUUCCAGAAGAUGACGCUGUAUUUUUGCAACCCGCCAAAACAGUUGGUGUGUCAAAAUCUGCCACAGAGACGUACAGAGCUGCAGUGUACGAACAUGCUGUCAUAUUACCCGCCAUAACGGACACACCUGUGACUCGGCGAGAAGCGCUCCGGAACAUGCAAAAAAAUCUGGACGUGUACAAACUUCAGGCAAUAGCUGCAAAACAAUUGAGUGCACAAAUACUCGUGUUCCCAGAAAACGGUCUGUACGGCUAUGAGUUCACCCGUGACACCAUCUACCCUUUCCUGGAGGCAAUCCCUGACCCUGACACAGUCACGUGGUCACCUUGCAGCGAGCCCCAUCGUUUCCCCGAAACACAGGUCCUGAGAUGGUUGAGUUGUCUAGCCAAGAACAACUCCCUGUAUCUCGUGGCAGACAUGGGGGACAAGGUCCCUUGCGAGCCGGACAUCGACUCCAAAUGUCCACCGGACAAGCGGUUCCAGUAUAACACAGCGGUCGCUUUUGACCCCGACGGCCGACUCUUGGCAAAGUACCACAAGUCAAAUUUGUUUCACGAACCGCAGUUUAACACACCCGAGCCGGAAGUCAAAUACUUUGACACGCCAUUUGGUCGCUUCGGCUUUCUCAUCUGCUUCGAUAUUCUGUUCGAGAAACCAGCAGUUUCCAUGGUAACCCACCAUGCUAUCAAGAACAUUGUGUUCCCAACAGCCUGGAUGGACGCUCUUCCUCUUCUCUCUGCCAUUGGCUACCACUCGUCUUUCGCGAUGGGUUUCGAAGUGAAUGUUUUAGCAGCAAAUCUUCAUCUGCCAGACAUACGCGUGCAGGGCAGCGGUCUCUACACACCGGAGGGCAUGAAGGAAUUCUACUAUAACAGAACAGCCGCCUCUGGGCCAAAACUGAUAGUAGCGGACCUAAAAGUCCUGUCGGAAACCCAAAACAGCUGCCAAACUGUACAAGACCACAACUCAGGUAAAAAGCAAUGUCUACCAAGUGAUACAUUUCACGAAGACAUGACACCAGACCUCGAUAAAAACAUUUAUCAGAAUUACCGAUCUGAUCAACAAGAUACUCUUAUUAUGCCCAAAAUGUCCACACAAAAUAAAAGCAAAUCCAAAACUGAUUCCACACAGCAUGUGGCUGAAGUAACAGAAUUAUUUUUUGAUAACGUCAGGACCUCUGGGUCUAGCAGACGCAGAGCCCAGCCGUUCUACAAUCGAGGUUUCUCUUUCGUACCUCUUGACAGUCUCAUGCCGAACACCAUGGCCUGUCAGGGUCAAGUCUGCUGCUUCUUGACUUACGAACUGACCAACAAGUCCAGCUCAGAGUUAUUCGUCCUUGGCGCGUUUGAUGGCCUGUUUCACGGCAAGUACUACUUCCAAACCUGUGCUGUACUCCGCUGUCCCAAGGCCAACCACAACACCUGCGGCUCCUACACCUAUGACUCGGACACCGGUUUUCGGAGGCUGGAGCUCACGGCUGCGGUUCAAACCCCUCUCAUCCUACCUCAGGUAAGGAUGUGGCUGAUUCAAACGAGUUGCAAGUUAUGAAUGUGUUUACGAGUGAGCUCUUAAUUUGUUUUUGACGAUCGAAAAGUUUUGGAGGUCCUGUGUGGAUGUUUUGCCCAAUAAAGAUCCCUUGGUGGUUUAAAAAAUCGCUGCUGUAUUGGCAAACAUUCAAAAUCAAUCUGCCAAAAACUGAAAUUUCUCUAAUCAGCACAAAUAUUAAGAGUACCUAAUAAUGCAAAUAAGGCCCCAAAACCAUUACCAAAAAAAGCAAAACAUACAGUGUAUUGGUGGAAUGAGGAAAGUAAGCAGACAAAAAAAACAAAAAACAGAAUGAAAGCCCUCAAGGAGUAUCAAAAACAUAAAACAGAGACAACUUUUAAAAGAUACAGAGAGGCCAGAAAUCUAGUAACCAGCACCAUAAGAAACUUAAGGGAACAAGCGUAGAAAAACUACUGUAAAUCUCUGAAUAUUGAUUCAAAAAUUUCACAUGUGUGGAGAACUAUACGUGCAAUUGAUGGAACAAAUAUAAAACUCAGAUGCACUUGUCCUCUGAAACCACUUGAUGGAAAAGAACUUACUUCAAACACAGACAUAGCUGAAACGCUGGGAAAACAUCAAUUUGUUAGUAGUGAUGAAAACCUAGAUGCAUCUUUUAGAAUUAAGAAACAAAAUCAUACAAAACUUAAUCAACAUCUCUUUCAAAAACAAGAAAAUGACGAUAAAGAGGAAAAUGUUGAUAUAAGUUAUAAAGAAAAAACAAUGCACCCCCGGUCAUGAUUCCCUGACAUAUGAAACGUAUGACCAAUUACCAUACAACGCAAAACUAGUGAUAGUACACUUCUUCAACAAUAUCUGGAAAAAAGGUAAAAUUCCGUUGGAGUUCAAGCACGCCACAAUAGUACCAAUAUUAAAACUCAAUAAAGGUCAAAGCCAACCGGCUUCCUAUAGACCGAUCUCUCUCACCAGUCAUCUUGAAAAAGGUUUUGGAAACAACAAUAAAUAAUCGACUCACCCACAUCAUUGGAAAAAAAAGAAAUUAUUCUGUGCCACCAGUCGGGAUUCAGAAAAAAGGCAAACACGCGAUCAGUUAUUGAGAUUAACUCAUGAAAUGGAUAAAUGUAGAACUUUUGGGAAAGUAGCGGCAGCGGUUUUCUUGGAUCUAGAUAAGGCUUACGAUCUACUAGGGAAAGAAGGAACCUUUGAACAACUUAUGAAAAUGAAGAUAACUGGCAAUAUGUGUAAUUAUAUUAAGGACUUUCUUUUUGAAAAGACAUUUCAGGUUAAAGUUGGAGGCGUAUUAUCUGAAAUAAAAAAUCAGCAAAACGGAACACCCCUGGGAGCAGUAAUCUCUCCCACACUUUUUAACAUAUUGAUAAAUUCAGUAGGAGCAAUAGAAGAUAAGUAUCCCAGGAUAAGCAUAGGACAAUUUGCUGAUGACACUGCAUUGUGGUUUAAAGCCAAACAUGCCCCCGGAAAGAGAGCAAAAAAGAAUACCACUUUCAUUUUUAAAAACUAUUGAAAAUCCAACAAAUGUCCUCAUCGAGACUCUUACAAAUCUUGGAUUUAAAGUAAAUAUUAACAAAACCCAAGCAAUCUUCUUUAACCAAAAACUAUGCCCAGAUCUGCUCAUAAAUGAAACAUAUCUCCGUACUACAAAAUCAGUAAAAUAUCUAGGAGUUACGUUUGACAAAUUCCUCCAGUUCAAGGAGCAUAUAGCUGAAAAAUGUGAGAAAGGAAUCAACACCCUUAAUAUUUUGAAAUACACAGCAAGAAAACCCUGGAGGAUACAUUAAGAAAUAAAAACAUUGAUAAACAAAAAUCUGAUACUACAAAGACUUGCCUAUGGAGAGGAAAUAUACGACCAGGGAACAAAAGGUCAACUAAAGAAACUGGACAUCAUUCAAAAUUCAGCAUUGAGAAUAAUCACCAAUUCUACACGCGCUGCAAGCAGCAUGGCUUUAUCAGUCAUGACCAAAAUCCCCCCUCUUUGGAUAAAAAGGCAGGAAAGCAAGGUCAAACUAUGGCAUAGAGUAAAUUAUAAUAAAGAAAACAAUGCUUGAAUGUCUACAGAGACAGAAUAAUCAAGAUCGCAAACAAACAUCUCAAAACUAAAAAACGGCAUUGUAGAAAGCACACAAGUGAUUUUGGGAACUUUGAAAGUAAAAAA